UUCUAAUACGCAAAUCUUUACCGGUUAUCCCUUAUUUUCCGGUCCACUUGUAAAUUAAGCGGAAAUAUGUCGUGAUUAUUCCGUCUCCCGACAACUAUAGUAGAAAAUGAAAUAUAAACAAAAUCAGAUUUCAGAAUUCAAAGUUUUUUCAAGUAGCAUCACAGUGACAUAAUGUUGCAUUCAAUAGUCAGUUAGUCCUAACGAUUGCACAGACACUUGUUUUAAUCAAAUAUAACAUAUUAUAUUUAUCACUACCAUGAACAUUUGAAGAGGAGUACACGUUAGUUACUGCAACAAGAUUUUGAUGUCAUAAGUUUUUUUAUCCAAACAAGGUGACUCUGUGCGGUUAACAAGGUGUAUGCCUAUAAAUUAUGUUGAUGCUUGAUUAAGUUAAAUGUACACAUGUCUUGCAUGUAAGGAGGGAAUAAGUUGACCGUUACUUUAAAAAGAAAUAUAAAAAUGAAAGAUAAACAUGUAAUCAUAGAUUUGAGUGCGUAAUCAAAGCAAAGAUCUUAAGAAAUAAAAAUGGGAGAUGAGAAUAUACGAAACAGAUUAUCACAAACAAAACAGACAAAACUUAAAGAAAUCUGGACAAGACAAAACUUGACAUUAUCAGGUUCAAAUACUGGACAAGACACUGAUAAGGUAACAACUUUAACAUUGUACAAAAGAAAAACGUCUGCUCCAGCUGGGACGAAAAAAGUAUUAAAGUUGUCUGCUGUGGAAUCCAAUGAUCCGUUUACAGAAAAUGGAUCUGACACAGAUUCAUUGAGAACAAAGGGGAAUAACUCUGACACAGAUUCAUUGAGAACAAAGGGAAAUAACUUUGAUAGUCAUUUGACAAAAUUUAAAACUCCUACAUGUCCUAAUAUUGUUGUUGUUAAAAGGAAUAUUGAAGAUAGUCAUGAUAGUAGUGAAAAGCAAUUGCAAAAAUCUUGCAGCAAUUCCAAUUUAAAUAUGCUUCAAUGUGCGCUGUGCAUGUUGUCAUUUGACAAUCCCUCUGUUUAUAUUCAUCAUGUUGUAUCCCAUAGCAACACAUCUAUAGAUUUAAAACAGAUUCCUGAAGCUGUGAAUAAAAGAAAGAUUUUUUUCGUCUGCAGAUUGUGUGAUAAGAAAUUUGCAAAUCAGGAUUUUGCACGAGGCCAUAUCUCACAUUUUUUACAGAGCCCUGAUCAUGCACAUCAACAGUUUUCAAAUUUUUUAUCAGAAGAUAAAAAGGAAUUUGAAGAUUUUGCUGAUACGUUUAUUUUUCCAGUUUCUAUUGGAACUCUAAAGAAUAUCACCAUCGACUCAAAGAUAAAUAAACCAGUAAUUUACUAUUGUGCCAAGUGUGAGACAAAUUUCAACAGUAAGAGUGAUCUCUUAGGCCAUGUGAAAAACUGCAUAAAAAACAAGUCAAAAUUCAAUUGCUUAAAGUGUGAUAUUUAUUUUGAAACAAAUGACCAUUUGGAGCAACAUAUACAAGAUGGUCAUAGCGAAAGUAAGACAAGCCAAAUACCAGAAUUGGUUAUUAUAAAAACUGAAAAUAAUAUUUCAACCAAUGAGAAAAUUUCAACGACAUAUUUUAAAUGUCCAAAAUGCAAUGACAUUUGUAGCUCCUUACAACAAUUGAUGCAGCACAGAGACUCUAUACAUAAUAAAAAAGUUGAAAUCCCGGAAACGGACUAUGUCUGUGCUCAUUGUUUAUCCACUUUUCCGUCACAAGCAUUAUUAUACAAGCAUAUACAAUUCCAUAAUAGAGAACUAAGUGAAAAGCCAUUGAAAGAAAAAAACAAAACUUACAAAUACUUUGACAAAAUUGCUUUUCAAAAGUCAAAUGGAAAAUGGCGGUGUGAAAUUUGUAAGAGAUGUUUCUCAACGAAGUGUAAUGUCUUACGACAUAUGACACUCCACGAUGAUGAGGAAAAGAAAUGUCAAACCUGUCCGUUCUGUCAACGUAUUUUCCUUUUCAAACGCUAUCUCCAUUAUCACAUCAUGUAUACGCAUGGGCUUAAAAAACAGAAAAAUUUCAAAUGCAACUUGUGCAAGACUCAGUUUAGUAUUUCAAAGAACUUGAAAAGACAUCAAAAGAAAUGUAUGUUUAAACAUGGAGAAGUUUAUGAAUCAGUAAUUUUAAAAUGUCAAUUGUGUGAGAGAACUUUCAAGAAAAAACAGUCCCUGGAAAGGCAUAUAAGGACACAUACUGGAGAAAAACCAUUCAAGUGUGAACAUUGUCCAUAUCUCAGUGCAUAUUAUGCAAACUUGAAACUGCAUAAAAAGAGGAGGCAUUGUGAAAGACCUAAGAAAAAGGGCAGACCUUUUAAACUUGAGCAAAUGAUGGAAGGUGAAUGAUUCUGAAAUAGACUACGCUGUAAGGUACUGCCCAUGUGUAAUUGGUCAUUUCCUCCUCACGAUGGAGAGAGUGGACAACUGGUCUAUAAAUAGCCACUAAAAGUUUAUAUCUUUUUCUUUGUUUGAAUUUGUAAUACAGCAUGUGACAUUUCCUUUCUUACACAAAAAAGUGAACAUUUGGGAAGUGUCAAUUAUCAGAUUAUACCAUUCUUGAGUUACUGUAAAUUCAGAAAUUAAUGCCUAGUUUUUAUUAUUGCAAAAAAUUCGACAGAGUUGAAAACGCAAUAAUUUUAACUCACAUUUUGAAACAUUUAUAUGAAUUAUCAAAACAAAAAUUUCUCAAAAUCCUAAAAAUUGAAAUCGCAUAAAGUCUAAAAUGACAAAAUUGCAUAUAAAUGCAUGCAAUAAUUUCUGAAAUUACAGUACAUUAUACAUGUUACAAAAUGUAUAUAUAUAUAUAUAUGUAUGCAUGCAAAGGUGGGGGGCAACAUCUG